AUGGACAUCUCGUGGUUUGCAGAGUACUUGGUGACGCAAUCCAGCCUCGAGAACGUGCAUCUCACGGGCCUGCCACUUACAACCGAGGCGGCGACGCUUCUCGGUGAUGCACUGCUGUCAUCGUCGACGAUGGCGACGCUCAACGUGCACGAAAUGCCGCCGCUGCUCCGCGCGCUUGGCGCCGUAAGCCGACCCUUAUUUCCACCACAGCUCACUUGCCUCCACCUUACCGCCGUCGACUACCACGCCGCCAACGACAUUACCGCCGUGGCCCUCAAGCUGCAGACGUCGCACGUGCGUACGCUCGACAUACGGACCGUCGCGCUCUGCAACCUCACACGUGCCGUGACCGCACUCGGGAAUGCGCCGACCUUGCAGUCCUUGACACUUCUGCACGGCGUACUCGACGAUUUCGCGCCACUGACGUCGUUGCGUCGCCUGCACUUGUCGUCCAUGCGGCUCUCGCGACGAGCGAUCAUGGCGAUUGCAAGCCUUAUGGUCACAUCCCAAUGCCUCGUGUCCGUCACGUUGGACAACUGCUACCACGAUCCACACGACGACGCGACGAGUCCCUUUCUGGCGCUGACGACGGCGCUGCCGGCGUUCUUUGGUCGCGCCGGGCAAGCGCUGGCCAUGAGCGUGCAGGACGCAGCGGUCGCCGCUGGCUUCACCGCGGCCAUGUACAAGAUCUCAACGACCAAGUCGGCGACGCUGGAAUUGUAUGCAAGCGCGCUGCCGAUGGCGGCGUUACGGGCCUUGGUGAGUGCGAUUGGAUGCGGCACGACGCUGCGACUGGUGGUGCGCACACUGGCGAGCGCCGAGGCGUUGAUGGCCCAUGCGACGCGCCGCCAGCUACAUGCGGCCAAAACGCCCAUGUACGAAUGGCACUUUGGUCGACCCUUGCCCGACAUCAACAACCUGCAAGGCAGCCAGUGA